CAGACACACAGACAACUCCAACAAAAUGCCCACCACCACCCAAAUCCAAACCCAAACCCUCAAAUGGCUCCAAGCCUACCACGCCUCCGGCGACUCCAUGGACCCCCACACCUCCGUCCCCAAAUUCUACGCCGAGGACUGCGAAAUGCUAUUCCCCGGCCAACCACCCAUCAAAGGACACGCGCAGAUCAUCGCCUUCUUCGAGCGACAGUUCCAGAUCCUCGCGUCCAUGAAGCACACCAUCGGGCACGUCGAUGUCGCUGAGGACCGGGUGUAUCAGGAAGCGGACAUCGAGUAUGUGCUGAAGGGGGAUCCGGAGGGGCAGGUGAUCAAGGUGCAAGGGAUGGCUGUGUUUGGGAAGGGAGUGCACGAUGAGCGGAUGCGGUUCUUCAAGGUGUUUUUGGACCCGGAGGCGAUUUUGAAGAGGGUGGGGGAGGUGCAGGGGAUGGGAAUGGGGACGGAGUAG